AUGGCAACCGCCCGCCUCGUCUUUCGCAUAGCCUACACCUCCGUCUAUGUCCUACUAUGUCUUCUGCUCGCCACCCUGCUCCUCAUCGUCCCCGGCGACUUUGUGCGCCAGGCUUUGAGCACCACCCACCAGGUCAUCAACCUCAUCGUCAUCGCCAUCAUCUACGUCCUCACCGUGCUGAUCGUCCUGUUCGUCUAUGCGCUCCGCCUCUAUGUCACCCGCAGCGUGCUCGCCUCCAUCCCUAAGACGUGGAUCCCCAUCGAGAAGGGCGACGUCACCAACGAGGUCCGAAAGAUGAUUGUCGCCAGCCUGGGAAGAAGCGCCGCCAUCGCGUGGGAGGCUCGCCCCAAGGUCCUUGCACUCGAUGCUCUGCAGGCCAUGUCCGAGGACGCGGCAGGCGAAACAAGGACGAGCGAUGCGCAGGCCAAAGACGGCAGGAAGUCCCUCCAACUGUUCAGGCCAAAACCCCCUGCGACCGCUGCGGACGAGAUGGGCAUUGUGCUUCCGUCGCUGCGACCCGUCUGGGGCGACAUCGAACAUUACGGAUGGGGCUCGCCGGCCUCUCCGGACUUGCCCAACCUUCAGUACAGCACUGUUCUUUCUGAACUGCCGAACCUCGUCGAGGCCAAGGCAGUCUCGCAGGCGCCUGUAGAUCAAAAUUCUGCUGCAGACACGCCGACCCUCGACCUCGACGCCGUCGCUCUUCUUCAACGUGCUUCCGAUAUGACCAUGAGAGACUAUGUUGUUCACCUCACCAGUCUUGACGUAGUGUGCAGCUCUCAGAGUACAUCUGGGUUUCUGGACAUCUACGAACGCGCUCGCUUCUGCACACGCCCCUUAUCCAACGCAACGUUCCGGCGGCUCAUGCACCUCUUGGCUGAGUUGUUGCGGGACAUGCAGCCGUUGGACCCAUCUGUUCUAUACGGCGCCCAGGAUCCCGAUGCCAGUUAUUCCGAGAGCGACGGGCAUAUCGAUGAUGACGCUCCUCAGGACACCACCCCUACCACACCUGCUCGGAGCAUAGCUAGUUCGCCCAGCUUCAGCAGGAGCAGUACGCGUUCGCGUGUCCCGCGUAGACCUAAUCUCUUGGCUCGAAACUCGUCGGCAACUACUUGGCAUCAAUAUCGUACUGCGCCAACAACACCAAAGAGUAAGGCCGGGAAGACGGCUGUGGCCCGGUCACCCAGUGCAAACAGUGCCGACAGCUUCGCCCAGACAAGACAGCCGUAUUCUGUUAGCCAGGCUUCAAGCACGAGCUUACAAUCUGUGUCCCAAGGUUCAGUCAUCCGACUUGCCACAGGGGGCGACAAAGGCGAACUGCCUUAUGUUUUACGUCUCACGGACACACUUUGA